UUAAAGAAGUACGAUGGGUGUUCAUAAUGUCGUUUAUUACUAGUGUAAAUAGCUGUAAAUUUUAAGUCUAAUUCUAUUACAACUGGUACCUGAUUAAUUUUUAGAUUAUUCCGUAACGUAGCGUUUAACACGAUGCCUAAUUUAAGGAAAAAAUCUAACAAAAAAGUAACUUCGGAGAAUGGCAAUGACAACUUGAUCGGAGACGUAACCAUCGACGACUUUGCGAAUUCAUCGCGAACACACGCAAGAUUGAAAAAGGCAGUGACAAACGCUUCCUCCGAAGUGAAGGAAGUGGUUACUACGGAACAAGCGGAUUCGUGGAGUGAAAUGGACGAGGAUUAUCAAAAUAAUGAUACGAACAGAUCAAAGAGAGGCGCGUUAACGAACCGGAGAAGAAGUAGAAAGGUUAGUUCCUCCGAAGGAGCUGUAGAAGAAGUGGAAGAAGGUAUAGAUUAUCCGUUGGACAUAUGGUUCAUUAUAUCAGAGUACAUUUGUCCAGAGGCUGUAGGGAAGUUUGCUCGGAUAUGUAAAAGCGCUUAUCAUGUAACGACGACGGCAAAAUUUUGGUUCCACUUAUACAAAUCGUACUACAGGUUUGUCCCUAAUCUACCGGAACGCCUACAGCCCCAGUGCAUGGUUCGCACUUAUGGACUUCGUGCCUGCGUCAUUAGGACGAUGCAUUACAGUUAUUUUCCUUUGAAGAGAAAGGUCGACGAUAUGUCUUACUUAAGACAUCAAGAACCGCAUUCCCUCGUGAAAAGACGAUGCUGUCUCAUGUGGCACAGAAAGGGGAAGAUAGGGAAAGAUAGAUGGUAUUUCUACUUCAAGCUGAAAGAGAUCCAGAAGAAUACGAACAAUUCGUUAAAGCAGAGAACGAAAGUGAACAACAAAAAGAAGAACCUCCUCGAAAUGUUGGAAGAUAUAGCCGCGAACCCGGAAGAGGACUGUAAAAUACUUAUGGUAACUUGCUUAAAAUACAGCAUGUUACCGCCCGUAAUCGGUUUGACUCUGCAAUCAGUAUCGAUGACUUUGAUGCCCGGUUUUAAGGAUCAUCGUUUGCAACUUGGAUUUGGAACAUCCGAUAUUCCUAAUACGUUAACGAACCAAGUGAUACUAAAUGAAGUUGUUAACUGCUUAAUUCUAGACUGGUGGCAUCCUACGUAUCCUAAUCAGGAUACGAUACCCACAGUUCAAUUACCACAAAGUGAUUCUUGGGAACAGAGCUUACAAUGAAAAAAAAUUCCGUGUACUUUAACGAAACCUAGUGGUUAGAUCAUAAGUACGAGAUUUGUAAUAUAAAUAUAUGUAAAUAAUAUAUUCGACGUCUGUUAAGUAGAUGUGAUUUGAACGUUUGUUCAGUAUGUGAUCCAAACGGUUGUCUGAUAUUUUAGAAAUUAUUUAAAACGUAGAUAAACGGAGAAAGUAACAUAACUGUUUUAUUGCAGCUGUAUGUAAAUAUGUACAUCUUAUACGCGUUCAGGCGUGUAACGUGAAACGAGA